CAACUGUCUACCCAUCUUCCAUUUUCUUUCAGUUACGAGGGACUGACAGAUGCUGAACUCUCUUAAUCUCUGACUUGAUGUGAUAUACAAGAUAAAAAUGAACAAGAUCAUGCUGCAAGGGGCGUCCUUUUUUCUCUUACUCUUCUUCAGAAUCUGUAAAGGUUAUGCAGUUGUGACAACAGAGUCCACAAAACAAUUAGAAGUCUCUACAUCUCUGUCUAACACCGCUGGACCCACAAAAUUAGCUCAUGAUAACCUGAAUCCAACUGGGUUGUUAAUGGGCCCAGUUACCGAUGCACAGCAGUUUAAUGUCACCCCACCUACACAAGUCACAAGCAACUCUACCAGUUCAUCCGUGGCCACUCCUAAGGACCCCAACAAGACGUCUGCGGUCACAUCCAGACCAGCCUUACAGACGACCAUUAUGACCAACACCUCCAAAACCAAAACGAGCUCUGCUGUAUGGGAGGAGAGAUGGAAUGAACCAUUCCAUUACAAUUACACCUCACUGCGUCAUGUAGGGUUAAGCAUCGCCGCACUUCUCUUCGUGAUGGGGAUUUUGGUACUUGGUUGUGGCAAAGUGAAACGAAUUCCACGCUGUCACAUUGGCAAAGGAAGUUCAUACCAGGUGACCAGGAGUUAACACUUUCCCACAUUGAUCAUAUGACUUGGCAAAAACAGCAUAACAGCAAGCGAGUCACAAAGGAGCAAAGGUUGGAAGGGGGCUGCUGAGGGUAGGGUUGCCACUUUUGAAGUUGUAAAAUAAGGGACACUAAUAUUAACUCUUAAAUGUGUUAAGAGUUAAUAUGUGUUAUUAAUAAAAAUGGUAUAUCCUUUCUUAUAUGCUAAAAUUAGAACUUUCCUGACCCAUAUGAUUUUUUGUUAAAAAUAUUUUUAUUUUAUUUUUUCCAUUAUUUGUCUUCUUUAUCCUAUUUAUGUAUACAUUUUGGUUGGUUUAUUGUAUUAUUGUAUUAUUUUUUAAUCAUUUUUAUUUAUUUUAUUUUAUUUUAUUUUUUUCCUUCACCUGUACUUGUCUUUAUGACAUUGUUUGAUCUUAUUGAACAUUUAUACAGAAAGAAAUCCACAGUUUUAGCACCAUUUGUGGACUUUUCAGAUGGUCCCUUACCACACCCUCCACACUAUUAGCAUAUUUUAGCACAAUGUGUGGACUUUUCAGAUGAUCCCUUACCCAUCAUAGGCAAAUUUUCCAACUCGUAUCAAUGUUAAAUUAGCAAUCAUUUCACCGUGAUGCCAUCUGACCAGCUUUAAUACAUAACAAAUUGUGUCCCGCACUGAUUUGAUACAGGACACAUCAUUUUAUCUUUAAAUACGGGACGAUCCGUAUUUUACGGGACAGGUGGCAACCCUAGCUGAGGGUGCUGAAUUACCCCCUAGUGAGCAAGACUGGAAAACAAUAUCAAAGAAAUUCAUUGUAUUUAGGCAGUAUACAUAAUGCAAUUUUCGCUUUCAGUAUAUGAUUUAUGUGAAUAAAAAUUGCGUCCCGUUUCUCA